UCCGACGAUAUCGGAGCAUCAUCAUCAUCGCUCUCAGAGGCGACAAUGGCGGUACAGUGGCUAUUGGUAGUUCACGGGAUCAUGACGUUGACUGUGAUCAUCUCUUUCCUCUGCGGUCAAUGGCCAAUCUUCAAAGGCACACCUUUUCAAUGGACUCACUACUUCCUCACUCGCGGCGCCUAUCACUACUUACUGAGGUUUGUCGGAAUGGUGUUUGGUUCCAAGGGUACGGACGUUGUCUUAACGGUGGAGCAGUUCUGUUGCGACCGUCCUAAUCCCAUAUUGCAAAUCAUAUACAUAGGCAUUAUUGGAUCAGUAUACUUUGUGAUUGCAAAGUCUUCCUUCAUCUAUAUACCUGGAUACUAUAUUGGCGUUGUUCACAAGUACACAAGCUUUCUGGCUGUUGUUGUCGGUGUUAUACUUUUCUUAUUGACAAGCUUUUGUGAUCCAGGUACCGUUAAUGCUGAGAAUGUUUCGCAGUACAUCUCUGCUUACCCGUAUGAUGAUAUCAUUUACUCUGAGAAGGAGUGUUCUACUUGUAGAAUCCCAAAGCCAGCUAGAUCCAAGCAUUGCAGUAUAUGUAACCGAUGUGUAGCUCGGUUUGACCAUCACUGUGGCUGGAUGAAUAACUGUAUUGGAGAAAGGAAUACUAGAUAUUUCAUGGCUUUCCUCUUUUGGCAUUUUCUUCUUUGCUUGUACGGUGCAAUAGCUAUUGGGUUUGUUCUUGCUGGACGAGUUAAAGAACUCCGUGUUGUGCAUAUCUUAACAGUCUAUUACGGUGUAGAUAGUUCUUUCCGCAACUUAGCUCCUCGAGUUUUACAGUGGCUGGCUGGUACAUACAACACCCAAAUACUUGUGAUGGUGUUUCUAGCCAUUGUUUCUCUCCUCCUCGCUGGCUUCUUUGCUUACCACUUAAAACUCUGCUUAACCAACACAACUACUAACGAGACAUUUAAAUGGAGAGAGUACAUAAGCUUGAGGAAGAAGCUCAGUGAUGCAAAGGCAACCUCUGCGGCUCUCAAGGCCGGAACGCCGUACUGUCAAGUGAAGAAACGCAAAUGCUUUGGGCUUUGUGGAAGAUCCUCUGCCCAUCAUGAUGAUGAAGCAGAGGCCAAAGCUCAAGCUAUAGUGAAACGGAAUAUGUAUGAUAGAGGAAGUUUCCAGAACCUUUCUGAGAUUGUUUUCCCUUUAUCAUCAAGACCACAUACUUCUUACAAACCAAACCCCAAGUCUGAAUAGUUAAAACUCUUUUGUAUGUUUAGUUAGUUAACUACGUUCAAGCUUUGGGUGGCUUUAAUACUACUUUUUUAACAA